CUAAAUUCAUUAAGCAGAAUCCUCAAGAAGGUACUAGUACGCUCAGGUAGUCGAAAAAUUCCCCAUCUUUAAUGGAAUCAAAAGGUUCAUUAUCCAGAUUUGAACUAGUGUAAUCCAUAUAGGAUUUCAGACUUUCGCGGCGAGUACAAUCAUAUGAUAGUUUAAUCCAGUCUACUCUCUCCAACUCUUCUCCCCAAAGAAAACCAUUUUAAUAUUAUCCUCCAACAUACGCCAAAGUAUUAAGAAAGCUUUCUUCCCAUCAGGCCUUCCGAUCAAAACACAUGUUUUUCUCAUCUGUGCCGUAUGUGAUAUAUGCUGUCAUCUGUCGAUCUGUGGUUUAGCGCGUAAGUUGCUGGGUGUUGAUAUUAAAUGCUCAAUCCUUUGCGUGUGUUUUACCUUGCUAAACCAAUUUUAACCUUAUCGGAACUUGUCAGAUGUAGAAAGAUGGUUUCUUAGCAACAGCGUAGUUGCUUUAUAAAGGGACAAGCUCUUCAUGUAUGCAUAAACUGUCCCCUCACUGAAAUGCACCGAACUGCUGGAAAGGUGUUUAGCUUGUCACACCACUUUCCCUAAAACUAUACGGAACGCCUGCUAGACCUCGUUUGUUUUCUCAUUUGUGGUCGUGGCGCCAAUAUUCUAUGAAUCAGUUCGACUUGUUCGGUCCGGCUAGUUCGUUUUAGUAUGGGAAUCAUUCACAGAAAGUCGUUUCAUAGUUCGUCAGAUCCAUACAAUGCCAGAAUUUAAUUUGUACUCCGAUGAUGUCACUUGUAAUUAUUAGUUAGAUUAACGAGUGUGAAGCCUUCCUCUGUUGAACAGAAUUUUACAAGAACAUGUAAUCGGCCUACAAGCUCCCGAUCUAUAUAUCUGAAAUUGAUUUAGUACAAUCCAAAGUUUACAGUAAAUAAUUUUGCUGGAGGAUAUACACCGGCAGCUAAUGUUUAUUCAUUCACAGUUUUUAUCUUUCGUUUCUCAGUAUUAAUUAUUAAGUAAAAUAAAUAAUAAACGAAAGUAUACCAGUAAAUGUUGAGAUAAAGAACAACUAAAACGGAUGUGAUGUUAUUUUAUAAAAUUGUUAUAUAUUGUACGAAGUAGAGAAGAAAAUAAAAUUUUCGGGAAAUACUGUUUCAUAUAAAAAAAGAAGCAGUAACGUAUUGUACAGAUGGUAUGGUGGAGGCUGCGAGCGUUGCAAUGAUUCCUGGCGGCAGGGAGUGUUAUUGCGUUGCGGAGCUGUGCGAUAGAAUAAAGAAAUUGACUUUUCAGUGUAUUGGGGUGUGUUGGUUUGCAGAAUUACCUUCCUUUUGUUGUCUGCUGGCUGUCUUAUACCAACCCUGCCUACUUGAAGUUCAUGAGCAGGUUGCAUUUGCAAAUUAAAGGUAGCAACAGAGAUGGACACUGGCCUCAAAAAAGGACAGAAACCAAAUCCUAGAUCAACUGCAAAUCCAUUGUCACUCAUAACAUUUUGGUGGGUCCUUGGUAUAUUCAGAUUAGGGAUCAAGAAGGAUCUAGAAAUAGAUGACUUAUAUGAUGCACUUGAUGAACAUCGAUCUGACUUCUUGGGAAACAAGUUAGAGAGGUUGUGGUUUGAAGAGCUGCAGGAAGCUAAGGCAAGGCACAGAGCACCAGGUUUGCUCCGAGUUUUGAUCAGGUGUUUUGGUUGUAGUGUCUUAUGGCUGGGGCUAGCAAUGUCUGUUCCAGAGUUCAUGUUUCAAAUGAUUCAGCCAGUCUUCCUGGGUGGACUGAUCCGCUACUUUUCCCAAGGUAGUGGAAUAAGUCAUGAUAUGGCUUACUUGUAUGCUGGCGGUGUCAUUGUCUGCUCCCUUUUUAACAUAUUUUGGAAGGCCCCAAUCUGGCUUGCUGUUUUACACACUGGCAUGAAGAUGCGUGUUGGUGUUUGUUCCUUAAUCUACAGAAAGGCACUGAGAUUAAGUAAGACAGCUCUUGGGGAAACAACAGUAGGACAAGCAGUAAAUCUCCUGUCAAAUGACGUAGCCCGCUUUGACAAGACCUUCUUGGUCUUGGCUUUUCUAGUGAUUGCUCCGGUGGAGACUAUGAUCAUAGUGUACUUGCUGUGGAGCAGGAUUGGUAUUUCUGCAGUUCUUGGAGUUGUCAGUAUUCUGCUUGUUAUACCAGUUCAAGCUGGAUUUGGAAAGAUGAUAUCAACACUAAGAAGACGAACAGCCGGAAGAACAGAUGAGCGCAUCAGGUUCAUGAAUGAGAUUAUUGUAGGCAUUCAAGUGAUCAAAAUGUAUGCCUGGGAGAAACCAUUUGCACAUCUUAUUUCUUUGGCUCGGAAACAUGAAAUCAAAGCAGUCAGGGCAGCUUGCUUUGUGCGUGGUUUCCUCUCCUCUUUUGGAAGGUUUGGAACUAAGAUUGCCAUAUUUUUCAGCAUAGUCUCAUACGUUUUGCUUGAAGAUGACAUUACUGCUGAAAAGAUGUUUGUAGUAACUGCAUACUUCAAUAUUGUGAAGAUUGCUAUGACUGAGUUUUUCCCAUUAGCAAUAACAGAAUUAGCUGAAUCAUUAGUAUCAGUUAAGAGAGUACAGACAUUUCUGCUGCAUGAUGAAGUAGCGACUGCAGCCAGUCUUGAGAGAAAAAUGGGGAAAAGUGCAGUGACAUCUAGAGGUGGUGUCGGGAAUAGUGAAAGCAGAGAUGGAGGAGUGAUGAAUGACUCCCUGGGUUCUACAUCACCUGUACACAAACACAUAACUCAUUAUGCAGUGGGGGACAUUUCAAAUGAGAGUUUAAAAGGUGAUACUGUGGAAAGGAAGAGUGUUAAAAUUAUUAAUGUGACAGCCAAGUGGACUGGAGACUCACCUGAAAACACCUUGACUGAUGUUAGUCUAGAAGUGAGACCUGGAGGGCUUGUGGCUGUCAUUGGACCUGUUGGGUCAGGAAAGACAUCACUACUGUAUGCUAUCCUGAAGGAACUGCCCCUCAGCAGUGGCUCCAUAGUGGUGGGAGGAUCAUUAUCAUAUGCAUCACAGGAGCCAUGGCUGUUCACAGCCUCUGUACGGCAGAACAUACUAUUUGGUCAGCCCUUGGAUAGGAACCGGUACCGGCAAGUGGUGAGGGCCUGUGCCCUUGAACUGGACUUCCAGCAGCUUCCCCAUGGUGACAGGACCAUUGUGGGGGAGAGGGGUGCUACCCUUAGUGGAGGGCAAAGGGCAAGAAUCAACCUUGCUAGAGCAAUUUACAAAGAAGCAGAUGUGUAUUUAUUGGAUGAUCCAUUGUCUGCUGUUGAUGCGCAUGUGGGGCACCACCUGUUUGAUCGCUGCAUCUGUCAGUUUCUAGAGGACAAGUCUCGAAUUCUGAUCACACACCAACUACAUUACCUCAGUUUGGCUGAUAAUAUUGUCAUCCUGAACCAUGGCACUGUAGGAGCUACAGGAACGUUCAGUGAGCUGCAGAGAUCUGGUCUGAACUUUGCCAGACAACUUGGGUUGGAAUUAAUGGAGGAUAAUGGAAAUACUGUAUAUGAGCAGAGUGGAGGAUCACCUGGCCACUAUGAAUCUCAUGAUUCAUUGCAUAAGUUUAAACGUCAGAACUCAGAUUCUUCUGAGCUGAGCUCACUGACAGGGUGUAAGCCAGAGUUGGUGGCCGAGAUGCGGACGCGAGGCAAGGUAGAUUUCAGAGUAUAUGGGUCAUAUUUUACUGCCACUGGGAAUUGUGGCAUCAUUCUGCUUGCUUUUGGUGUGUGUUUACUAGAGCAGCUUGUCAUCAGUGGAGGUGACUACUGGAUGUCCUACUGGUCUAAAGUGGAAGAACGUCGUUUGAUUUUAUCUGAAGCUGGCAUUGACUCGUUACACAAUGUGACAGUGGUAGUUAUGAAUGACACCAUUACAGGCUCAACUGAAUGGGGCUGGCUGCCAAGUACAGAGACUUGUAUAUACGUAUAUUCUGGCUUGGUAGCUUCUCUUGUAGUAUUAUCUGUAUGUAGUGUGAUGUGCUUCUUCACGAUGUGUAUGAGGGCUUCGAUCAGUCUUCACAAUUCCAUGUUUGCCAGCCUCACUCGUGCUACCAUGUGGUUCUUCAACAACAAUUCAUCAGGUCAGAUACUGAAUCGUUUCUCAAAGGAUAUGGGGUCAGUUGAUGAAAUUUUGCCACAAACAUUGGUUGAUUGUGUACAGAUGGGUUUGUCGCUGUUGGGUGCUGUAAUAGUUGUGGCAUUAGUGAACAUCUGGAUGCUAAUACCUACAGUAUUUAUGUUUUCACUUUUCUUUCUGCUAAGAUUGUACUUCUUGGCCACAUCACGCAGUAUCAAAAGGCUUGAGGGAAUUACAAAGAGUCCAGUAUUCUCACACCUUAGUGCAUCACUGCAAGGUCUAAGCACAAUUCGAGCACUUGGUGCACAGACCAUGUUGGAGAAAGAGUUUGAUAGUCACCAGGACUUACACUCAUCAGUGUGGUAUAUAUUUGCUGCAGUGACCCGAGCAUUUGCUUUAUAUCUUGACAGUGUCUGCCUCAUAUAUAUGACCUGCGUCACUCUCGGCUUUCUCGUCAUGGGUGAAAGAUACUAUGGAGGAGAUGUGGGACUUGCAAUUACACAAGCAAUUGGAUUGACAGGACUUAUCCAGAAGGGUAUACGUCAGUCGGCAGAGUUGGAGAACCAGAUGACCGCUGUGGAACGUGUGUUGGAGUAUUCGAAUUUAGAAAAGGAACCUCCAUUGGAGUCAGAUGCUGACAAGAAACCAAAAGAUGAUUGGCCAUCACAAGGAGAAGUAGUAUUUGAUCGAGUUUUCCUUGGCUACUCCAAGGAAGGACCAUUUGUCUUGAAUAAUAUCAACUUCUUCAUCAGACCAGCUGAAAAGGUGGGCAUUGUGGGCCGCACUGGAGCAGGUAAGUCCUCCCUUAUCACAGCUCUGUUCCGUUUGGUGGACCUGACUAGGGGCUCAAUCCAAAUCGAUGGUGUGGACAUUGCUUCAAUUGGACUCCAUGAUCUACGAUCCAAGAUCUCCAUAAUCCCACAGGAGCCCACCCUGUUCUCUGGAACUCUUCGCAGCAAUCUGGACCCAUUUGAACAGUACACAGAUGUUGCACUGUGGGCUGCUCUGGCUCAUGUGGAACUGAAGCAGGUCGUGGAAGAGCUACCUGCUGGGCUGAGCCACAGAGUGUCAGAAGGCGGGACCAACUUCAGUGUGGGACAGCGCCAGCUCCUGUGUCUUGCCCGUGCCAUCAUCAGGAACAACAAGAUUCUGGUGCUAGAUGAAGCUACAGCUAAUGUGGAUCCACAAACUGAUGAAUUGAUUCAGGCAACAAUUCGUCACAAGUUUGCUGACUGCACGGUGCUGACCAUUGCUCAUCGUCUGCAUACAGUCAUGGACGCCGACCGUAUGAUUGUCAUGGAUGCUGGAUCUGUUGUGGAAUGUGACCACCCAUAUUUGCUGCUGAAAAACAGGAGUAGUUUCCUGUCUCAGAUAGUGCAGCAGACCAGUCAUCCUAUGUCGGAGUCACUGUUCACAAUGGCACAGAACAGCUACAAGAAAAGUACUGUCUCACAAUCAUGAUAGAGGGACACCACAGGAAAUGGAAAUCCAAGUGUAACGUGAAAAAUAAGAUCUCACGUGAAUGACAGGGAGACAUCUAGUCUCAAUUUCCUGUGUCUUUUAAUAUCUCUUUCUAUCCAAUUUUGCAUGCAAUGAACAUAUUGCUACAGUUAUUAAUACAAUAGUUUCUUUGUAAUAAAUAUUUCAGAACAGUAAAAGAGCACAAAAAAUAAGUUGUGAUUGGAUCAAUAUUUAUAUGUUA